UUGUGAUAAAGAUGGCGUCGAUCCUUCCAAGCAGAAAUAUUGAUGAAUUUCGGAAUUAUUUAGCGUGAUAGAAAAUGGUUGGAGGAUGAAAGUCAUCAUCUUCCUAAUUCUUGCCACUGCAGACGUCCAGUGGGGGCUGUCCAAACAGUACCCUGCCCUCGAUGUUGGACACUCCAUCAGAGUUCCAGAGGGUAGGGAGAAAAAACUGCCAUGUAGGAUACGUAAUGCCCCUCGCAACUGUUCUUCCUUGUACAAGCGGUUUUACUGGGAGGCCCACGAGAAGCGCUUCCUGCAGCAGAAGAUCAUCAACAAUGGCUGUAUCGUGGAACUCACCAUCAAAUCCACAUCCUCCGAUGCUGGGCGAUACAGCUGCAUCCUCAUAGCUCAAGACAGCUAUGAGGUCAAGGAAAAGCUGACCAUAUUUAUUUCCCCUAAAGAUAGGCAAGGAGUGAAGUGUUCAGUCCCGAUGUUCAAGUGUGUGCCGCAAGGUCACUGUAUCUUCCAAAGGUACCGCUGUGAUGGUUUCGAUGACUGCCCCGAUGGCUCCGAUGAAACCAACUGUGAGAAAGACAAGUGUGCCGACAAGUUUGUGUGUGACAAUCACCGAUGCAUCAACAAAGACUUGCAGUGCAAUAAACAGGAUGACUGUGGGGACAACUCAGACGAGGAUAAGCGAUGUCAGGAGGAUCGAACUCCAGCCUUUCCAGAAGAUGACCAUUUUGAUUGGUUGAAAACUACUGUCUACACAGUGAUUGGCUGCACAGUAGCUGUUGUCAUCUUUAUAUCUUUGAUUGUGAUUGUUGUAUUCCGUGUAAAAAUGAAAAGACUACGAGCCCGACGAAUCGCUCGUGCAAUUGAGCGUCAUCGUCAGCACCAAGGCAGCUCCAGCCAGUGUCGAAACCAGGAACAAGAUCCGUUCUUAGCUAUAGGAUCCAAUUCUCAUUACGGCAAUAUUAUUGUCAAUGUUAAUAAUGGCGUCCAAUAUGUGCCAACCGGGGACUUUGCUUCGUUUGUGGAUUCCCCGACCCCAUACCAUGAAGUGGUUGCCUUGGAACGAGACAGCUCUCCCCCGGCCCCUUACAGUACAAUAGACCGCACCCCACGGCAAAAGCCAGGGGGGACAGGUGCCACCCCUGAGGAUCACGCCAACCCCAAUGGUGGUGAUGUGCGCGAAACAGCCCCCCAGACCUCUGAUAUGUCCAGUAUACAGGAAGAUAUUUCAGAUUUAGUAGAGGCGUUGACUUCUGAAACCACAGAAGAAUCACGGAACAGUAGAAGUGACGUUAACCCUCCUGUGUAUCCUGGUAGUGCCUGGGGUGUGGCGGCUGGUCAAGGGCUCGCUGCUGCAACCCCUACCUCUUCCCAUUCUAACCCCAGUAGCAAUAGAGAGUCGGUUCAUGAUAGCAGUAGAGACUGUAACCCAUCAACCUCUGAUACAGUGUCACGCUCACGUCAGUCGUUAGCGUCCAACACCGGGUCCAUGUCCCUGCCCAGGCCAGCAAGACUGGCUGUUCAAGGUGGGAAAAUUGUGUUAAGUGCCGAAGAUUUGGAACCCGCAGGCUCAAGUAACCAGCUCAACACAUCUCAGGAUGACACACGACCUCGACAGUGUCACCUGGAGGUCAAGGCAGGUCAGAUAGUGCUUACUGAUGUGACUCGUAGUGACCUCGGAGUCCAGUCGCCCCUCAACACAGAUAGUGUCAUGAGAGGAACAGGGGAGCUUGAAGUGCGUGAUGGACAAAUUAUUUUCAGACCAAAAGAAACAUGAACAAACAUAUAGUAGAUUCACAGGGUAUUGAUUAUAUACAUGUCUACUGUCCAUUAAUGUCAAAGAAUUGUUAUCAUGUUGAAAGCUGUACUGAUGCAUCUAAUAUUUGACUUCAAAUGGCCAAACCGAUGAAGCAUUAUUUAGUUAGCUUUGAUUAAGAUUUAUCUAAGUCAUAUUGAAAAGUAGUUUAUUUUGCAUUUGGUCGACAAUUACUCCCAUUACUUUAGUUUCUUUUACUGUUGGAAGGAUUUCUAAUGUGUGAAUUCAGUGAACACGUUGGUAAUGGCCUUGUACUCCAGUUCUAUACAUUUUAAUAGAUACAAAGCAUAUAGCUUCUGUACUUAAAGGUGAUCAUUGUAAGCAAUGAGUUUCAGUAAACAGUUUUACGCUCAAAAUAUCCUAUACAAAAUAAUUUAAAGAACACCCAAUUUUUCUGUAAGUUUAAAGUUAAUCGGUCAUAGUGGGUCGUGCAAUGCACAGCCUUAAAACAUUGUGUUAUUCAGCUUUCUUUAAGUAGUUAUAGUCUGUUUGCAGUGUAAGCACAAUUGAAUGAAACCCUGAGAACAGGAAGGGUUGGUUUCUACGGUAGUCUAAGUUAACGCUCAUCACGCACCGCACGUGCAUUUGUUUCACUGUUCCAACUA